UGUGUGUGUGUGUGUGUGUGUGUGUGCAUUUGUGUUUGUGUGCGUGCGUGCAUGUGUGUCUGUCUGUUUGCGCAUGCGUGCGUGCAUGUGUGUGUCUGUUUGUGUGUGUGUGUGUGUACAUGCGUGCAUGUGUGUCUGUUUGUGUGUGUGUGUGUGUGUGCAUUUGUAUGUGUGUGUGUGCAUGUGUGUCUGUCUGUUUGCGCAUGCGUGCGUGCAUGUGUGUGUCUGUUUUUGUGUGUGUGUGUGUGUGUGCAUUUGUAUGUGUGUGUGUGUGUCUGUUUGUGUGUGUGUGUGUGUACAUGCGUGCAUGUGUGUCUGUUUGUGUGUGUGUGUGUUCACCUUGUUAACCUGAUUGUCCAUCGGCUCAAGUGCUUCCUGAUGUGGAAGCGUUGGAUGAUGUAAUGUGUUUUGUUGCGUGGCAUCACUCUGAUUCUCUGUGCUACUAAUCCGCUCGGUACCAGAGGAUUGUGCGUCCCGUCAUUGAGGCUGAAUAUCUUUAUCCACAGCCGUCACAACAUGACGACUGCUCCGGUGUCAGUGCCUGUGUGCGUCUCCUGGUGUGAAUGGCUGCUGAUGCCUGUGCUCCUGGCGCCUCCAGCUGCAGCGUCUCCUCCUGUUUCUGCUCGUCCUCACACAGACUCACACAUGCAGGCGGUGUGUGCGUAAUCAGCCGACCGCGGUUUGUGGCUCUCGCUCUAAUUAAAUGCUAAUAUGGCUGCUGAUUGUGGCUAAAUAGAGGCCUGAUUGCAGGUUAAUUCUCCCUCUCCCUGUUCCGGGAUCGUCGUCUCUCCUGUUUGUUGCAGGUUAACCGUCUUUCCACCUUAAAUUGGCUUUUAAUGGCUGUUUUCCCUCGUUUUAACGGCGCGCGAGCGCUUGUGGAAACACACAGUGAACACAGACACGCGGCUGGAGCCGGAGAAGCAGCUCCAUCGCUGGUUUUAGUGGACACAGAGGGCAGGAAGCUGAAGGGCGCCAUCCAGAGGAGCACAGAGACCGGCCUGGCCGUGGAGAUGCCCAGCAGGACCAUCCGCCAGGCCAGCCACGAGUCCAUAGAGGACAGCAUGAACAGCUACGGCUCCGAGGGCAAUCUCAACUACAGCGGCAUGUGUCUGGCGUCCGACGCGCAGUUUAGCGACUUCCUGGAUGGAAUGGGCCCGGCCCAGUUCGUGGGACGGCAGACGCUGGCCACCACAUCCAUGGGUGACGUUGAGAUCGGUCUGAUGGAGAGGAACGGAGCUCUGGAGGUGGAGGUCGUCCAGGCCAGAGGCCUCACUAUGAAGCCAGGCUCAAAGGGACCUCCAGCCGCCUACAUCAAGGUUUACCUCCUGGAGAACGGCGUCUGCGUCGCCAAGAAGAAGACCAAGUCGGUGAGGAAGAGUCUGGAUCCUCUGUACAACCAGGUCCUCGUCUUCUCCGAAAGCCCCCAGGGGAAAGUGGUGCAGGUGAUUGUUUGGGGGAACUACGGCCGGAUGGAUCGCAAAUGCUUCAUGGGUGUGGCUCGAAUCCUCCUGGAGGAGUUGGACCUCAGCACCAUGGUGAUCGGGUGGUACAAGCUCUUCCCUACCUCCUCCAUGGUGGACCCAACGAUGGCGCCGCUCAUCCGCCACUCCUCCCAGAUGUCCCUGGAGAGCACCAUCGGGCCGUGCUGCGAGCGAUCCUAAGACUCACGCUGACGUUUUUAGGUUUUGUUGUUGCUAAGAUUCCAUUGUUCCAGUUCUAAGACACAUUUUACACGUGCUGUGGAGCCAGGUCUGCCAGGCACCACCCCCCAGAGCAGGUAGGCGUGGAGUACCUUGCUCAAGGGCACUUUGACAGGUCCAACCACUUGGGGGAAGGAUCACUGAUUGGGAGAUUACUCCAAAACCGAUCAUUCCCGCUCUCUCUGGACAUGUACUGUGCUUCUUUUGAUACUGCAGACUGUUUCCUGGGACUCACAGGAAGCACAUUUCCUUUUGUUGUUGCCCCUCAGACUCACAGGAAAGCUUUGGUCUCCUCCGAGCUCUUUGAUGAGAAGACAUAAACCUGCUUAAUGAGGAUGCUUCAAAGCCGACGUCCACCACUUCCUACGGGACCAGGACCACAAUGCACCGAGGCUCAGCUUUGCUUCAGCUCUGCACCGUCUUCACAGCCCACGUUCCAUUCCCAUUCUGCUUGCUGUCUUUCUGUGUCCUCAUGAAGACACUGGGCAGCUGCACGUCCAGAGAGAACGUGACACUGAGACAUCAACCUGCCUUUUCUGUGAGCGCUUGGCGACGGCAGGUCGAAGGCGAAGGAGUCGGUGCACAGCAGGAUUGUCAAGCAAUGAAACAUCUGUGAUGUUUUGAUUUUUGUGUCACACAUUUAACCCUUUAGUGGAGUGAUUUAUGCACGAAUGGAGCAGACGUGUCACAUUCUGGGAGGAUCUAGACUUCUCCAUGGUCACGGGGAUCAGAGCACUGCUGUUUCUUUUGUUGUUUUUGCAAGUAAGCGCUGUAAUAUAUUGCCGUUACUGGCGACGCUGGCUAUAAGCAGGUUCCUGGGCAGAUUUAUAGGCUUUGAAGGCAGGUUCUGAGUUCCCAAAGAUGUGCCAUGAUGUGCUUUAGGAGUCUGUGCAUUUCUAAACCACAGCAUUAGCUGAUUCAUUUGUCAUCUUUUCUGUAAGGUGCUUAUCAGUCAGAUCAGCUAAUGUUUGGUAGCAAAGAGAAUGUGCAGCCUUGAAGCCUUGAGGGGUUUGAACAACGACACUCCAUCUUGCUGCUGGUUUUGUGACUUGAAGUCAACAGAUUGCAUCUAAAUAGAGAUUUUUAUGCUACAGGAUGAAUUACCUAAACAGCAACAUGUACAACAACAGCUCAGUUUUAGCCAGAGGAAACAUUAGCAUCUCUCACCCACAACCAAACUGAAAGAGAAAACAUGGCAGACCCUAAAUUAGAUUUUAUGCAUUCAGUCAAUGAGAAAACGCCCUCAUGUAGAUUCAACUGCCAUGAAACAGCCGAGGUGGAAGAGGCCUGAGUGGUUUGUCAGAUGUCAGAUGUCAGAUGGAAUCUCAGAUUAGUGAUAGUUGGGGAGGUUCCUUAGCUUCUUAGACGUAUGCUUUCAGAUUUCCUCUCCUUUUUUUAACACUUUGGCCAACAGACGUAGAACAACACAUUGUACUGUGCCAAUUUCAACCAGCAAGUGUCUUCUUCAAUGAACUCACGGCUCGUGCCACCGUGAGGGAGGACCACAAACAAGCACCCACCGCUUCUGACAGCAGCAUUCUGUGCAGAGGCGUCGCUUUCGUCCCAAAUUACAACCCUAAUCCACCGACCGCCGAGGCGCCUGCUGAUGAGCCACGACUCGGCCUGAGGGAGGGUCGAAGGCAGGGAGGGAAAGGGAGGCAGGAGGCGCCCAGUGUACUUUACAUCAUCCAAACAGAAGAUCUGUCUGAUUUUAAACACGGACACAAAUAGGAUGACUUUAAAGGGAACACAUUGUGCACACUGCAGAAAAAUGUAUGUACCUUUAUUUGAUUUGGCACUUUAUGAUUCUCAGUGUUAUUCAUGUAAAUAUAUUGCGGCUGUAUUGUCGUCUGGACGGAGCCAAACUGAAUCUGUAGUCAUUUGCUGGUUAAUAACUCUGGGGGAAGGAGGGACUAGUUACAGCACCAUAAGAUUGUAGCAUUAGCUGGUAGCAUCCGCAUGAUCGAUUAAACUGUCUCAUUAAUUAGCAGACAACUUGAUUAUAAGAUUAUAAGCAUGAGCUAUAAACAGGAAGGGGAGAAGUUGGUGAUUAAAAACCUUCAUAUGUAGCACUUUAGUCAUUUUUUACCAAGAUGACUAAAAUGUACCUUUUCUUUCAUAUAGUAAAUAAAAUAUGUAAUAAAAUGUUAAAUAAUAUUAAUGAAACUAAAAUAUUUUUUUCAACAUAAAGUUUAUUUUGCUUUAAUUCAAAUUUCAACAAAAUUUUCUUUCAAGCUCAUCAGAUCAUGGUAGUGUUGCAGGGAUAUUAAUUAUCUGUCUCUAAAAAGUCUUUAGCUUCAUCCAGUAAAGCAAUAAUAUUGAACAGACAUUGUAGUUUCUUAAUGUGGCUUCAAACUGUGGAAAAGACAAACUGAGCAGGUGGUUUUCGAAGCUCACUGUCAGGUUCACCUGUUCUUCUUUACCAUGUAUUUUCUUAUCUCUGUUGAAUUCAGACGAACAUAAAUUAGAUCAUUUAACGUUGAGUCCUGUGUAUUUCAAUGUGAAGACUGUCUGGUACUUUUAGGCUUUCAUCACUUGAACUCACGUCUUCAAGUGAGUUUGUUCGUGCCAAAAUUGAAACAUUCUGUAUUCUGAGGGCUGAAUUUCCACUGAGGACAAAUAAAUGGCUAACGUUUACACACAGCUGAACAGUAGAAUUAUUGCAUGAUAACGAUCUAGGUUUCGUCUCGAUAGAUCUCAGUGAGACAGAAAUGGCUUCUGACCUGCAGCAGGGACUCCACUUCUUCCAGAUUGUCACUUUGUGCUGGCAAAGAGCCAUUUACCGUCCUCACAUCCGACCCGCAUCCGACCUCGCUAGGAAAUUAGGUGUGAACAUGUUGGUUUGUUCAACUGAUUGUGGAACUUUGCUCCUCUGACUUUUCUGUGUCACCACUUUGAUUGUGACAUUUUGUAACUUUGACGACACACUAACAAGCUGUGUGAUGUACCUGCACCGCAUCCCCCACAUUCUUAAGGUGUCUGCCACGUGGAUGUUUAUUAUGUGCUACUAUCAAUUGUAAUGUAAGUAGAGGCCUUAAACGCACCAAUAUACAUGUUGUCAGGGCUAAGGACUAAGAAUUGUCACUUAAACGCAUCAAAGCAACGCAAAAAAAUGUUUUACAGCGUCGCCAUUCCAACCGUUUCUCACAGCAAGGUCACGUAGAACUGAUGAUGUCUGCGUUGCUCCUAAUGACUUUCUGAUUCUGACUUGUGUUUUCAAAGGCCAUGUUUCAACAAAGGUUGUUUCUAGAUUCAUUUGUUUCUCUUCUAGUGCUUGAAUGCAAACGAUGAUAUGUUACGUUUCCGAUCCUGAUGGUUUAAGUGUCGGAGGGAAGAUCUCAUUCUGCCUUUUAGGUUCUCAUUCUGCAAAAACAGACAGACAAACUGAAUGUUUAUGGCUCAAUAAAAAGGCCUCUUUCCUCUGUGUGUACACUUACACGUGGAAAUGAGAGCCGAUGCCGCCAAAAACCUUCCAAAGGAAAAAAGAAGAACAUCUAAAUGAGUCCUUGAGGCUUCCAGUUGUUUCUGGACAUAUUUGAAUGUGCUGUUUUUGUGCGUCUGUUCUGGCAGAAGAUGAACCUAAAAGUGGGCCCAUUCCCUCUGAAGUCUGUAAACAUUCAGUGACUCCUCCCUGAGCUUCUCCUCCAGUCCACUGGACAGACAGCAUGUACACUUUGUCCUUAGACGCCCUCAUAUCAGUGGGAGGAUGAAAACAUGGCUCUCACCACAGCUCACGUUCCCCCAUAGUGGCUCCCGUGACAGUUCCCCCACGUCCCAUCUGCUACAUCCUCUCAACCAAAGCAUUUGGUUUGGCACGCGACCGUUUGUAGCUUUACUUUCAUUUGAACCCGGCAUCUUCUCUUUUUUAAUUUUCCAAUAUAAAGCCAUUGUUUGUGCAGCGUUCACAGCCUUAAAUUCUUAUCAUGAAACCGCGAUUUGAGGCCUUUUCAGGACAUUUGAGACAUUAGCCAUUCCCCAAGGCCCCUACGAUGCUACUGUACGUGAAGGUGAUGCUUUGGCUUCGGGACCUCCCAGCGCUGUCAGAAACGUGACGCGGCCUCGCUGCUGCUGUGACUUAUGUCCGUCUGCUCACGUUCCGCAGCCGCGAGGGCCUGAAUGUUCCCAGAGGCGUUUAGUGAACCUUUAAUUCUAGUCAUCGCACUCAUUUAAUACACAGGUAUAUUCGCUGAUUCUUUGGCAAAACCUUAUAUUGUCGAGUAAAUGCACAAUUUGGUGUAUUGUUAAUCUACUCCAGCUGUCAAUAAAAUAGUUUAACACCA